GAUCUGCAAUUCGGAAUACGUGAUGCAUGUUAGAACUUUAAUGUAAUAACUUUAACAUAUACAUUCGGAAUACUGCAGGAUGGUGUAAGUGUGUCCUGAAAUGUUCACGUAGCGUUUUACUACAAGCUCACUCCCACCAAAGUAAAUCCGGAAACAUCUGAAGAGGAACUUCCGGACGUAUCCCUAUUUUUGUCAACAAAGGACAUUAAGUAUACCUCGUUCCUAUACUAAGCGGACAUCAUUACAUAUCAUUUUCACACUCUGACUUGCACUGUACGUAUAGAUCAACCGACCAUGGAAAGUACGGCCACUAGGUGCCAAAAAUGGGUUCUUGCCAAAAAGAUGACAGGAACUGCAACUUUGUCCCACUUCGGGUUAGAAGAGGAGGACGUUGCGACAGACUUACAAGAUGGAGAAGUCCUUUGCGAGGCUCUGUAUAUCAGCGUUGACCCGUAUAUGAGACCGUAUGCUGAGCGCUCCCUAUCAGAAGGAUCUAUGAUGAUGGCGGAACAGAUAGCAAGGGUUCUUCACAGUAAAAAUCCACAAUUCCCUGAAAAGUCAUUGGUAUUGGCGAAUGUGGGAUGGCGCACACUCUCCCGGGUAUCUGAUAUGACGUCACUUCGACAACUUCCGGUCAUGGGAGAUCUCCCAGUUUCUCAUGCACUUGGCAUGCUUGGACUUACAGGCCUGACAGCCUACUACGGUAUGACAGAAGUAUGUAAGCCUAAGACAGGAGAUGUUGUUGUGGUCACGUCGGCAGGAGGAGCAGUGGGUAGCGUGGCCGCUCAGAUAGCGAAGGCAGCGGGCUGCAAAGUGAUUGGAAUUUGCGGAAGUGACGACAAAUGUCGCUGGAUUACAGAGGAGCUAGGGAUGGACGUCGCUAUCAAUUACAAAACUGAUAACGUCAGUGCUAAAUUGCAGGAGGAAGCUCCAACAGGGGUGAAUUGUCUCUUCGACAAUGUCGGCGGUGACCUGGCCAGUGCUGUAAUAUGUCACAUGUCUUUGGGUGGACGUGCUGCCUUGUGUGGAUCGAUAUCACUGUAUAGUGAUGAUAUACAUCACCCAUCUCAAGGACUGUCUAUAUACCGGGCGAUAGUUGCAAAACAACUAACAGUACAAGGAUUCAACGUCAUUCACUGGUUCAGCAGCUGGGACGUAGCAUACCGGGCUCUCUAUAACCUAGUACAAGAGGGAAAACUUCGAAGCAAGGAAUUAAUAUAUGAUGGAUUUGACAAAUUACCUGAAGCAUUUUUGAAACUGUUCAAGGGAGGCAACCUAGGUAAAAUAGUUGUCAAAAUCCAAGACUGAAUGUGUGGUGGAGAAUUUUAAUACCUGUGUAAAAACGGUACAGACGAAGCGCUGGGACAUAAUGUAUGUUAUGGAAUUAAAAGUAUUAUACUUCAAGUACCAC